CACUCACAACACAUUGCAGCCCUCCGUUGUGUCACUCAGCACCGACGCCCACUCCGGCCCAGUCAACGUCGACCUGGUGCCCCAAAAUAAUCCAAGACUCUCCAGCAGCCUACCGACUGUCCUCGCGAUAUGGUUAUAGGCGUCAUCAACCGCGACUCCUUCGACGGCGGCGACCUCGACGCCCUCGUCACGCAAGUCGUGCUCUUCGGCGGGCCCGAGGACGAGGCCUCAGGGCCGUCCGCCGUCCUCCACUGGCGCAUGCUCCUCCGUCUCGAGGGCGGCGGCUCCGUCACACUCAACAUGAUCCCCCAGGGCCGGCCCUCCCUCGACGGCGUCCUCUUCGUCCGCAGCAACAAGUUCGACACACCUCCAGACGCGAUCGACGCGUGCGUCUACAACACUGCCCGGCCGAUCACCGUCGACGCCGUCCUCGCCUUCAUCCAGCGCAACAAGCUCCACCGCUACAGGUACGAUGCGUGCGGCUCCGGCUGCAGGUGGUGGUGCUACUGCGUGCUCGACGACAUGGCGAGCACAGGCAUCGUCCCCAAAGGAUCAGGGCACAAGUACUGGGAGCACAUCGGCAUCCUGGCCGACCUCGAUCCAAUGCGAUACCCGGACUGGCGGAGGGGCGAGUUCAUGUGAGGAUAUGGAAAGUAAGCCGUAUAUGGCAGUUCUCUUGUGAUGUUUUUCGUUGAGCUGCACGCCAGGUGACAUGGACGACCAUCGCGCGGCCCGUCGUCAUCAUACGCGAGUAUGGUGCCGAUCGCGCUAGGCGCAAGCGACGAACGACGACGUACGACUG